AUGGCUUUCUUUACUAUCUCCAAUAGACAAGCAUCCCCUCUCGAGGCAAGACGCCUCAACAAAUUCACCGACCACGUCAAAGGCGUCAUGCCCGUUGAAGAGUACCUCGACCGAGUAGACCCCUACACCACCUCAACCCUCAGAUGGCCCCGUCCCUUCGAUUCAACUCCCUCGUCACCGGUAAUAGUCCAACAAAUCGAACCCCAUCGCGAGGAUAUUCUCUCCAUUCUCGAUGCCCACAAUCUCCCACCCCGAGCCUACCUCCGCCUUACCGUGCACUCCGUCACAAAACGAGGCUAUCCCUCCGCAAGGCCUAGGACCCUCCUCUCCCUCACAUACAUAACGGACCCCUUCCAUCGGCGUUCACCGCAAACACCAUCAAAGCCCGAGAUGGACACAGCCCGCGAUAAAGUCGUCGAGUUAUUGAAGACAAAAGGCAUCGCGAACAUCGACACCGAAAUCGUCUUCACCAACCAAGCCUUCAACCCCCUCCUCUUCGACCUCCCAGAUCCAGAUCCCCUCUUCUCACCGUUCAGAUACACCAUCCGCCCAAUUAUAUGCAGCCGCAUCCUCCCAAAAUACACAAACGCCUGGCAGAAGGUCGGCCUCUUCUACAUCGGCCUCACCGUCGAAGAUAACCUCAAGUACCCAACCCUCAUCAUCCCCGUCUCCCCCGGCACAGUCACGAACUGGGCGGCACUAGACCACGAUAUCAGGUCUCUGCUCAGGGAUCAAGGGGUACCAGAAUUCGACGUCGAGUUCUGGCCCGGCCCGCUGCGCGAGACGUGGAAUGCUGACGCUGAGGUCGUGGACGAGUGCGAUCGGAGCUUUCAACGCGUGAAGAUCGAGGAGCGGGAACGGUGUAUGAAAGGUCGGUGGCGCCCGAAUCUGGAUGUGCUUGAUGGGCCUGCUAAGACGAGGAAGGAGGAGAAGGUGGGGGGUGAUGAAGAGGCCGUUGACGAGUCUGGGCUGCAGGGCUUCUUCGCUAUCCCGCGUUCUGAAGAGCCGGGGCGGUGUUUGACGCCAUGUCCCCUACUUGAGGAUGUGCUUGCGAAUUAUAAGAGUCCGUUUGUGGGUUAG